UUUUAAAUGGUUCUCCAGGGGAUUAUGGAGGGUGCCAGUAAUUAUGCAACCAAGGUUUUAGAAGGUUAAAUGCUUUCUUUAGCAUUAAAAUACUGCAUUGCAUUAAAACAUUUCUAUGAAAGGUGGCAGUGAUUCCUUGUUUGAAUGUUUUGUGAUCGUGCUGAUUCAGAUUUGCUCAGGGAUCCUUUGUGUUGCUGUGGGACUGAAGUGCUCAGGUUUGGUUUGGAGCCUGUGUGGGUUUGUGGUGUCACUGGGCUGUGACUGAGAGGGUGGAGCCUGUGUGCGCUGUUUCUAUGGGGACCGAGGAGCACGGAAAUGCCAAGCUCCUUCAGGCCAUCUCACACACCCCUUACACACUCCCACGGGCCAAACACACACACACACACCUUCUGAGCUUUCACUGCCCAAAAACACCUACCUGCAAGGCACAGUUUGGAGAGACCAAACGCAUCAAGGUUGUGCAGUGGAUGAGGGAGCUGGUGCACCACAGCGCUCUGGGAUUCCGCGCGGCUUCACAGCAUGGAGAAGUAUGAGAAGAUCGCCAAGAUCGGAGAAGGCUCCUACGGAGUCGUGUUCAAAUGCAGGAACAAAGACACGGGCCAGAUCGUCGCCAUUAAAAAGUUCGUGGAGUCGGAGGAUGACCCGGUCAUUAAAAGAAUUGCACUCAGGGAGAUCCGGAUGCUGAAGCAACUAAAGCAUUGUAACCUGGUCAACCUGAUUGAGGUAUUCAGGAGGAAGAGAAAACUGCAUCUAGUGUUUGAGUACUGCGAUCAUACGGUACUCAACGAGCUUGACAGAUAUCCAAGAGGAGUUCCAGAGCCUCUGGUUAAAAGCAUCACCUGGCAAACACUACAAGCUGUUAACUUCUGCCACAAACAAAAUUGUAUCCACAGAGAUGUGAAGCCAGAGAAUAUACUCAUCACCAAACACCAGGUUAUAAAGCUCUGUGACUUCGGCUUUGCCAGGAUCCUCACGGGGCCGUGUGAUUAUUAUACAGAUUACGUGGCCACUCGGUGGUACCGUGCUCCGGAGCUGCUGGUGGGAGACACUCAGUACGGCCCCCCCGUGGAUGUGUGGGCAGUGGGCUGUGUGUUUGCCGAGCUGCUCUCUGGCGCUCCUCUGUGGCCGGGCAAAUCUGAUGUAGACCAGCUUUAUCUCAUAAGGAAAACCUUAGGUGAUUUGAUCCCGAGACACCAGCAGGUGUUCAGCAAUAACCAGUUUUUCAGCGGGGUGUGUGUUCCCGAACCACAGGAAAUGGAACCUCUGGAACAAAAGUAUCCAAACAUCUCUUCCCAAGCAUUAAGUCUAAUGAAGGGUUGUUUGCGUAUGGAUCCUGCAGAGAGGUUAACCUGUGAGCAGCUGCUGGAGCAUCUGUAUUUUGACAGCCAGCGAGAGGAGACAGAGAGCGUGACGCGAGAACAUGACCGAGCGAAGAGACGUGCACGUCAACCCCGCAAACACCUGCCCCCCGGGUACUUACCCCAGCUGACCGGUAGCAGUAUCUUCCCAGCUGUAGACAACAGAAAGUACUACAACAACAUGCGUAAAUUCAACUACCACUUCCCUAACAUUUAGAUCUUAAUGCUGGAGCCCACAUUGUACAACCUCAAAAUACCAUCACACACUUUAUUAUAUUUUUUUCUACUUUGGUGUCUCCAAGCUACCUUGCAACUUGCUCAGGAACAGAAGUGGCUGAGACGGUAAUGCUGGGUGCUCCGGUCACAAAGUGUCCUCGCUCAUCUACAGCUGCACUAUCAGUCAGUUCACUGCUCUAGCUUUUGUAUUCAACUUAUCAGAUUGUUUCUGUAGUCUGUGUGAUUGACAAAGAGCCCUGCUCUGCAUGUAUACACACACACACACACACACACAUUGAUCUGGUUGUGACACUGCCUUUCUGAUUGCCAAAGUGCUACGUGAUAUGACACAGACAUCAGAUUGAUUGUCUCAUAUCCAACGAUGACCUUGUUUAGUGAGAGGAUUACUGAGUAGGUAAUUAGCAUUAAACCAAGUGUAGGAAUCAAACAGUUCCUUUAUUAUUGUGUUCUCUCUUCCUCUCUCUCUCUCUCUCUCUCUGUAUUGUUAAUCUCAGAUCAUCUACUAUAACUUCCUGUGACAGACAGAGAAAAAGGCAAAAGCAUUCCUUCUACUAAUAUUAUUACUCUAGGUGUAGAAGUGUUGAUUUUAGAGUGAAUUACUCUUAUGAAUGAUCACAUGGUCUUGGAAAAAAAAAGUAACUAGGUAACUUGUGUUUUGAUGGCUUUUGCACUAGAGCCUUAAAUAUUUAAAACAUGUAUCGAUAUUCUUGUUGCCUUGACAAGUGGUGCUAAUGAUCUUCUGGCCAUUGACAUGCACCCAAAUGCCAAACUGCUAAAGACACAAGCCCAUUCCCCAGCACUCGGAUUCACUAAAAAGGUACUCUCUUUCCCUGUAAAUAUCGCAUGGCAUUUCGUUUUGUUGGUUUUCCAAUAAGAGAGGCUCAACUGGGGAAUAAAUAUGGGAAAAAGAAAUUCCUGAUCUUUUUGUAUGUGAUUUACAGUAAUA